AAAAUCAGAGGGAGCGAGAACCUGUUCCAAUUAAUCUUCAGUUUCAAAACAAACCCGGACCACGUUGUUGUGCACUCCAUCUACCCUGCGCAUGCUUACUCCAUUCAAACUCACUUCUCUAGAUACCUGUUGGCCGCGCGCUUCACAUUGACGACCCUGCCGCGGCCAAGCUUGCAUGUUAUUUUUUUUUAUUCCAUCGUUGAAAGCUGAAAUAAUAUUGUUUGUGUAUAGAUAAUAAUUUAGUGCCUCAUGUCGGAUAGACUCUCAAUUCUCCUUGAAUCUUUGCAUUGCAGGGGACGAUUGUAUGAUCUCUUUAGUCAAAUAGAAAAGGAAUUCGAAGUGCUAUACAGUGAAAAUAUCUCAUUGAAAGAAAAGAUCGAAGCUUUGAAUGAGCAACUAGAAAGGGAACCAGCUGCAACAACUGAAAGAACUGAUACCUUUGAUGGAACAGAGCCUCCAUCAGGAAAAAGCAAAACAAAAAGAGAGUCUAUUACUGCAAGCCAACUUUCACAAAAAAUCAAAAGCACCUAUAAAUUGAAAGCUUCUACUAGUCGAAUUGUCUCUCAAUUCAAAGCUCCUUCAUUAACAUGCAGACUUUCCAAAGAAUACAUUGGACAUCGAGAUGGAGUGUGGGAAGUCAGUUAUUCUAGAUGCGGACCUCCACAAAUUGCAACAGCUUCAGCAGAUCACACUGCUAGAAUAUGGGACAUUCACAAUGGAAAAUGUAUUGUGCAAUAUUGGGGGCACAAAGGAUCUGUAAAUUCUGUCAGAUUUCACCCUAACCAAGAUUUGGUGGUUUCUGCCUCGGGGGAUCAAACUGCUCAUGUUUGGUCAGUUUCUUCAUCUUCUGGAAACACUGAUAUGAAAUACCAUUCAUCAGAAGAGGAAGUUGAAUUAUCAGAAGAAGACCACGCUGAUGAUGUCGAAUCAUCACAUAAUAUGACAGUCUUAAAGAAUUCAAAAAUUGAACUACAAGGUCAUAUAGGAGUCGUAAUAGCUGCUGAUUGGUUAGCUGGUGGUGAUCAAGUCAUAACAGCUUCUUGGGAUCGUACAGCAAAUGUAUAUGAUGUUCAAACUGGGGAACUUGUCACACAAUUAGUUGGUCAUGAUCAAGAGCUCACCAACACUUGUACACAUCCAACCCAACGACUUGUUGUGACAUCCUCAAAAGAUACUACAUUCCGUCUGUGGGAUUUUCGAGAUGCGAUUCAUUCUGUCAGUGUAUUUCAAGGACAUACCAACCCUGUAACUUCAGCUACAUUUGCUAGUGGUGACAAGGUUGUUUCUGGUAGUGAUGACAGAACAGUUAAAGUUUGGGAUCUUAAAAAUAUGAGGUCACCUCUCACAACUAUUAGGCUAGACUCGCCGGUUAACAGAUUAGAUGUGUCUAAUCAGCACAUAAUUGCUAUUCCACAUGAUAACAGACAUGUUCGUUUCUUUGAUCUGAAUGGAGUGCGUCUUGCAAGAUUACCCAGAAGUAAUAGACAGGGCCAUCGUCGUAUGGUAUGUUCUGUUGCCUGGUCUGAUGAUGGUCGUAACUUAUUUACUUGUGGAUUCGACAGACUUGUUUUCGGCUGGCGAAUAAUAGUCCCAACCAAAGAUGAUACAAAACUAAGCGUUACCAAGACAAGUAAAGAGUGAAAUUAAAUUAUAUUUAUUAUGCGUUUUCGCUGUGAUUCUCAGUUUUGAAAUAAUUGUUAAAUUAAAAGGUUUUGUCCAUAACAUUGAUCAGCAUUAUAUUUGAUUUCUUUAGGAGAUUUAUUGUUAAUAGAUAUGCAUUUCUUCUAGAGAUUGUUGUAAUAUGUACAUGGUAAGAUUAUUAGUUGUAAAUAUUAUGCAAUAAAGUGUUUUUUGAAAUAA